AUGGCGCAGAGACUACUCCUUGGCCUGUUAGGAGCCAACAUAGGUCUGACAGGCUAUCUCAUCUACGACGCUAAUCAAAAGCACGACUUCAUCUAUGAGGAGAUGGAAGCUCGUCUAGACGAGGUAGAAGGCACUUUACGUGGACACAUAGGGCUGAUAGAGGAUUCGCUCAAGCGUAUCGAGCAGAGGCAGAUGGGGCAGAAAGUUAGUGGUGGCUGGGGACAGGGUAUGAGCAAGGAGGCCGAAGAGGGCUAUACGCAGCGCGGGAAAGACGAUCGGAAGAAGUAG